CUAGGGAUGGGCGUUGAGAGCUUUGCGGUUAGGGUUUCUCCAGAACGAGCACAGCCAGGUAGUAAAAAACACAAAACGGUGUCGUUACCAGAGGAAUUAAUCCAAGAGGAGAUAUUGCCACGGCUCCCAAUCACAUCACUGGCGCUUCUUCAUUCUGUUCCAGUAGGAAAGAUGGUUGUCCUUGACUUGUUUGCGGAAGUGUUACCAAUAUGACCUACUUCAGAGCAGUUUUACGGUGUUCCCUACAUAUGGUGUAUGCUACACAACUUUGCUGCAAAUGUUGAAAUGUGCGGGGUGUUAGAUGCUGUAGGAACUGGACCUGUCGAAGCUCGUAUGAGUGAAAACUCAACAAUGGCAAGUUUGUUAACCCGAAUUUAUUAGUCUCUCUUAACUACUAAAUUGGUAUAAAAUUAUAAGCCAAGAUACCACUUAAGAUACCAUUAGCAUAAUCACAUGAGACUUAUAUCGUUAUAUGUUUCACAGUACAUGUAAAAUGUUAUGUUCUUAUAAUCAGUCUCUAAUCUGUAUUGAACAGAAUCCUGUAGUUUAUGAUCUUAUGUCUGAGAUGGCAUUUCAGCAUAAAACAAUUGAUGUCGAGGUACCAAGAUUUCGCGUUCUCUAUCCCAGUAUACAUUCCUAUUUCACCAAAUUCUUUAGAUAGAGUUAAGAAUUACUACAAAAUUUCUACUUUGAACUUGAAGUAUUUUUCUCCAUGAUACCACUGGGAUCUUUUCCUGUGCCAACAUAGCAUUAAUCUUGGAUCAAUUUGUCCAAAAUCAGCUCAAGCUAACUUUCCUUGUCUUCUUACAGACAUGGGGUCAAUCUGUACUCUAAAACACGGCAUGGGAAAUUUGUUUAAACCAUGCAAGAUUCCUGGAAUAUAUUAUAUCGCACAAUUUACAAUUGUACCGAUGGUGCUUAUCCUUGUCAAUACAAGGGAUGUGAAGUAUCUGACGGUAAACUGUCCCUAUGCCGCUAUAAGAAAAUUCUAGCAAGAAUGUAUGAACUGGGGAUGACUCCAGUGCUUCCAGCCUUUUCUGGAAAUGUUCCUGCAGCAUUAAAAAGUGUAUUUCCCGCUGCAAAGAUAGAACGUUUAGGAAAUUGGUUUACUGUGGGGAGUGAUCCUAGAUGGUGCUGCACUUAUCUUCUAGAUGCAACUGAUCCCUCGUUCAUUGAAAUUGGAAAAGCCUUCAUUAAGCAACAAUUGAAAGUAAUACUUUUGACGAAAACACUCCCCCUGUAGACGAGCCAGAGUGCAUAUCCUCACUAGGUGCAGCAAUUUUUGAGGGAAUGCAAAGUGGAGAUGACAAAGCUUUUUGGUUAAUGGAGGUCUGCGCAAAUGACCUAUUCUUAUGACCCAUUCUGGAGGCCUCCACAAAUGAAGGCGAAUCUUCAUUCUGUUCCAAUAGGAAAGAUGGUUGUCCUCGACUUGUUUGCGGAAGUGUUACCAAUAUGGCCUCCUUCAGAGCAGUUUUACGGUGUUCCCUACAUAUGGUGUAUGCUACACAACUUUGCUGCAAAUGUUGAAAUGUACGGGGUGUUAGAUACUGUAGGAUCUGGACCUGUUGAAGCUCGUAUGAGUGAAAACUCAACAAUGGCAAGUUUGUUGACCCGACGUUAUUAGUCUCUCUUAACUACUAAAUUGGCAUAAAAGUAUAAGCCCAAAUACCACCUAUGAUACCAUUAGCAUAAUCAUUUGAUACUUGUAUCGUUGUUUCUUUCACAGUACAUGUAAAAUGUUAUGUUCUUAUAAUCAUUCUCUAAUCUGUAUA